GUCCCGUAUCUCGGACUCCAACAAAUUAAUAAGGGCGCCGGCCAUAUAAGUUAUUCACUGCAGCAACCCAUCAAGACCACUCGGCCCAACACAACGCAACUUUCAAACUUGCAGUACGGACACAAACUGCUGCUGUCAACAUGGCUGAACCUGACACGGAGGGAAACUCGUCCAUCCCCGAACAGCUCUUCCACACGGUCCUGACCGUUGUGGACUACCACCAGGAUACGUCGGGCUCGACCCAUGACGUGCACGUGCUGGGCACGCACACCAGCCUCCCCGCCGCCAAGCGCUUCGCGCUUCGCGCGCUCGAGCAGCUGGGCUACCAGCCGGACGACUUCGAGGAGUACGUGACGCGCGCCGACACGCCGCCCGAGGACUGGACGCACGGCGACGGCGUGAUGGUGUACGCCAAGGCGCCGCGCGGGCAGGAGUUCCUGGUCGGGCUCGACACCAAGCCCAACACAGAAUCGCUGCCAGCUGGCGAGCACGACACGCUCGCGCUGCCCAACGGCCGCGAGCACCUGCACUACGUGCUGCAGAACCGGACCGACUACAACCAGGUCGCGCGGAGCGGCGCCUUCCAGACGUGCGAGAUCCAGGGCUGUUACGCGGACCGGGACCAGGCGGUCGCGGCCGCCAAGGCGACUCUGCGGGACGACCGCGAGGAGUACGCCCAGUACGACGACCGUGACGACGUCGAGUCCGAGGGCGGAUGGCCGUUUGGCGACGACGUCAUGGUGCAUGCGGUGGCGCAAACGGGUGAGAACUACACGGUCGCGGUGAAGACGCCGACGACGGCUCGGGAAAAACAUGGCAAGACCAAGUAACAAACAGAGGCGCAGAUGGAAGGGCAGUUUGCGAGAUUAUUGCCAGGAAAGUGUAACAGAAAAAAAAAAAAAAAAAUAAAGUGCCGUAUGGUCGCU